UUGAAGAUUAUAAAUCACCACGCUGUGGAACACGGAUGAGUCUGCGGGGGCUCGGCUGUUCAGAGAAGGACAUUGUAGACCCAGAGAGUCAGCACACAGUGGCUGAGAAGGGGGAGAAGUUGAACCCACAGAGGAUCAAACUGGACCUGAGGCCUGGGAAAGCACACACGUUUCAGGUCCAGGCGAAGCAUCAAAGAAAACAGAAGCCAGUGGAUGUUUAUGUUCUUACAUCCCUCAGCGCAGACAACAAAGGCAAACGAAACAGGGCAAAGGUUCUUGCAGAAAAAGCCAUUCAAGGCAUAUGGGAAAGCAACGAAGAACUACAAAUACAGACUUUAGGUUAUGGCUUGUUUGGGAACACGUUUGUCACCGACGAACAGCAGAAAGAGUGUGAAGAUAAAGGCCAAGUGUGCGAACCGCAGCUCUAUGUCACUCACUCCUCCACAGCCCCACACAAUCCAUACAGCCCGUACCACCCGUGGCGUGGUGAAGGGGGGUUACACGCUCUGAUGCAGGUGGUCCUCUGCAGGGAUGUGAUUCAUUGGGGACAGAACGACCGCAUUGUUGUAUAUGCGAGUGAUGCCAAUUAUGAGCUUGCACCAGAAACAGAAACAGGGACCACAGAAGCAAUCAACAGCAGUGUAUGUCAGAUGAACGACAGCCUCAUCCGCACCACAGUGAGACCUCCAUCAAUGUCUGAGUUACGAAAAGUCCUGUUGGAAAACAACAUUCAAGUCAUUUUUUCUGUUCAAGAUAGUUAUUUUAAACAUUAUGUGGAGCUAGCUUCUAAACUGCCGAAAGCCAAAGUGCAUUGGGUGGACUUUUUGGACCCAAGCUCAUCCGUUUUUGGACAACACUUUCAGGAACUUAAGACUUCAUUGGUGUUGGCUCACUUGUCUGUGUCAGGACUCAACGUCACAUAUACACCUUUAUGUCGCUCGUUCCAUAUUGGGAACCUCCAAGGAAAAUGCGACCUCAGGAGCCAAGAAAUAAGGAAGAGUCAGACCUUCAAUGUGACUGUGUCCACUGAGUCUUGUGUGCUGCCUGCAUCCUUCAUGAUCAAGAGUUUUGGUUCCAAAGACAGCCUGAUGGUAGAACUGGCUGCUCGCUGUAACUGUGAAUGUGGUGACCAGCCUGAUCCUGAGUUCUGCAGCCAUGCCGGGAAUCCAGUUUGUGGCAAAUGCAGGUGUGAUGAAGGCCACUUUGGCGCGUCCUGUGAGUGCUCGGUGAACGAUGACGACGGACCCUGCAGAGAGAGGCAAGGUGCACCUGUGUGUUCAGGCCGCGGGGUCUGUGUCUGCGGCCAGUGUGAGUGCCACCGUGAGCUGAUGUCGGGCAACAGUCGGAUCACCGGACGGUACUGUGAAUGUGAUGACUUCAGCUGUGCCCAUUCUAACGGAAAAAUGUGUGGAGGUAAUGGGAAGUGUGCAUGCGGACGGUGCGUGUGUGACGAGGACCACACUGGGACGGCAUGUCAGUGCUCCACCAAGGUGGACCGUUGCCAGAGUCCUGACGGAAGCCUCUGCAGUAACCGUGGAAUGUGUCAAUGCAACCAGUGUGUGUGUGAGUCAGUGUACAGAGGAGCUCUCUGCAAUGAGUGCCCCUUCUGCUAGGACAUGCAGCCAUCAGACCAGGGCUGUCUGCAGUCACUGACUCUCACGGGUAUGCACAGAUACAGUAAUAUGCUUUCAAUUUGAAACCAAUCUAGAUAAAAGCUAAAUGAAUACACAUGUCUCUGUUAUUGUCUCCCUCUUUAUUUUUUGUCUCUCUACAUGCCAAGGAUAAGAUACUUGUCUCUGAAGUGGAGAGACCCUUUGAAUCGCUUGGAUUUUUUAAGAUUAGUGAAAUGUUGAAACUCGAAUAGUUACUAUUAGUUAGGCUAGUGAGAGAAAGUUGAAUAGAGCACUAUCUGUAAUAUUUCAAUGAUGUGGUUUAAUGUUCUGCAUUAUGUCCAAUAUUCCAAUAUGUGGUUUAAUGUUCUGGAUGUCUCACUAGUAGGUCACUUGAACACUAAAAGUAUGCUCCUGCGUUGUGACCCUUUACGAUAUCCUUAUUGUUCCUCAACAUGGAAUGCGUCAGGGUUGAUAUUGUUGAUAUUGUUGUCUGUUUCGCGUCAACAGCCAUUGAUUAGGGUAGACUGGAUGUCUCCUGACUUUCCCAUUGUUACUGUAUGAUUAUCUAUCCUUUGGUGUUGAGUAUACUUAAACCCUAACUAUCUCCUUGUCUAGUCAGAGCAGCUGAUGGAUGGCUGUCUCUCCCUUGAUGUGCAUCAAUAAAACUCUGUUCCUGAUGUUUCCUACCAUUGGUCUGACUGGGUCUUCAUUCAUCUGUGAUAUCAACUCCAACAGCUCACGGCUGAUGGUGAAGAAACAGUUUGCACAAGCUUAAAUGUUACACAGUCGCCCAUAGGAUGCCUAAAGACAGAGCUGUUUAGCAAGGGGCAGACUGACACCCCGCACAAUGAACCCUGUGUUUUGACAAUUUGUUUCCAUCUC